UCGUAAACGAAGUAGUACACUUCGAUAAAGUGUUCGCUUCACAAUUUCAGUGGUGGUCUCGCCCCGAUUACAAGACUGAGUGACAGCGCUCGGUGCGAUUACACAAAAAAUGCGAAUACACCCCCUUUGUUUGCUACUAGUCGUCGCUGUCCCGGCGUUAGUGACGACUGCCACCCAAACCAGUUGCAUUAGUGGUUGUAAAUGUGACGUCUUGUACACAAGAAAUCUGAAAAUACGAGACUGUGAUAGCCCACUUAUUCUAACAAAAAUCACCCUGAGUGAUCUUCCCAAAGAGACUCCCGUGAUCAGUUUUACUAACGUUAAAAUCACACAUAUCGAAGACGAUGCGUUUACUGGAUUCGACGAAGUCAAAACUGUCGUUUUUGAAGAUGCGAGCAUCGAGUCCAUUCGACCUAAAGCUUUCGAGUUGCUGCCCGAGUUGACUUCACUCACUUUUCUAAGAACUAAGUUCGCCGAAAAACCCAAUUUGAGCUCACCAUACUUGGAGGAACUCACUAUCAACGAUUGUAAUUUAUCGGAAGUACCAAACUUAGACAAUAUGCCAAAUUUAAGGCUUCUGAAUUUGGCAGACAACCUUAUCAAAACUAUCGAUAAAGGUACCUUCAGUAAAUCCAUCAAUUUGGAAAACCUGUCCUUGAUAAACAAUAGCAUCACUGAAUUGCCACAAAGUCUCUUUGUUGAAAAUCCCAAUUUCAUCGUUCUGUACCUUGACCACAAUCCUUUGACAUCGUUGGAUCUACUUUUCGAACCCAAAUUAGAAAUCUUGUCCCUCAAACACUGCAAAUUAACAACAUUAGAUCGCCACACCACGCAAAAUCUCUCUGUGCUUAACACCCUGUAUUUAAGCGGGAACGAGAUUUCAGUUUUACCGCUCGACGUGUUUGAACCCAUGAAAUACCUAAAUAAUCUAGAUUUAUCAAACAACAAAGUGGUGGAGUUGGACGAUGAUAUCUUUUUGGAGAACUACGAACUGGAUAGCUUAGUUCUAGACAACAACCAGUUUGAACGCUUGCCGAAGUUCCGCAGCAAAGAAAGCAUAUUCCACAUUCGCACCUUUUCUUGCAAAAACUGUGGUUUGAAGUCCGUUAAAGGUUCAUUUGAAGAUAUGGAUCAACUUGUAACGCUUGACCUGUCUAACAACAAACUCAACGAUAUUGACGGAGUGUUCACAGAGAUGAGCAACAUUAAGGAAAUCAUUUUGUCCAAUAAUGAAAUUACAAGCGUUGGAGUAAAUUCGUUUGGAAAUAAUUCGGAACUGGAAACUCUUGAUUUGUCUAAUAAUCCACUCUUGCCUCUGAACCCGGAAGUUUUCAAAGCUUUACCGUCGUUGAAGACGUUGAAUGUUAGUAACUGCGGUUUGAAUUUAUUGUGGGCAAAUCACAAAGCCGUAUUUCCCUCGUUGGAGCAGUUAUUCGUUGAUAACAACCAACUAAAUCAACUUACCGCCGAUGACAUGAAGAUAAUUCCAAAAUACAAAUCAAUCGAUGUGCAAGGUAAUCCACUUCAGUGUCCAGACUUCUACAAACUGAUUGAAUAUUUGACGGGGAACUUGAUGUACCCUAAAGAUACACAAAUGAAAACACACGAAGACCUGCAACUUGAUGCGGAAGUUAUGUAUAAAACUGAGCCCAAGUGGGGCAAAAUUAUAUUGUCGGAUUGUCCAUUGCCAGACGAUGACGAAGAAAUAACCGACAACGAUGAUGUGGAUUAUGAAGACGAAGACGAAAUUGAUGAGAAUUCAGCGUUUUAUGACACCGAAAAUGGUGAAGAUGACGGUGUUGAAGCUUCAGUUUUGACAACUAAUAGUUUGAAUUUGGCAAAAGCAUCCUACAUUUUGUCUAUUACGUCGGUAUUUAUUUUGACAGCACUUCUGGUUUUGUUUGUCGCUGUAGUAAUCACGCUUUUGAUUCUGAAGCGAAACAAGGCUUUCAACGUGCGUGGUGGCAACCUUCCACGGCUAAAGAUACCGUUGUGGCAUACUACACCAGGUCAAAAGAAGCACAGUGGUUCUAUCUAUCGACCACUAUCAGAAGAACUUUCUGGCCCACGUACACCUGUCAUAAAUCGGUACGAAUUUAAACAAACACCAUCAGUUCAUAAUACACUACCAUAAUUUUACUGACUGCGAUACUGUGUUUUUUAAAUGUAUUGUUUAGAUAGUUGUUAAUCUUAUUGCGCUUAUUGUUUAUCCAUACGUAGGUUUCCCGAACUACAUAGAUGAAAAUACUAUAAUAUACAGUCUCAGUUGCAUUUAAUUAACUUAUGCCAUACAAAUCAUAUAAUGCCCCAAAUAUGUAGAUAAUCAAACGACAAUAAAUUAUUAAAAGGG